AUGGGAAUAAGCGUGGUACGGGCGAUUGCCAUUGCAGCAGAGUACUUCGAUCGAUAUCGGAUUGUGGCUUUGGCCUUUUGCAGUAGCGGGACUGGUCUUGGUACAUUUUUCUACUCCAAAAUCGGAGCGUACAUGAUCGAUGUGUACACAUGGCGAAUCGCUCUAAUGGGAUUUGGUCUGCUACACCUACAUAUGAUUGCCGUCGGUCUUCUGUUGAAACCGUUGCCGGCUGAAUCAGUUCCCGAGCCAACUGUGCUGAUCACGGACCAUCCGGACUUGACCACAACCGAUUUGCCUAUCGACGUGUCCAAGGGGAAAAAUGAGUCAGGACAAAAUCUGUUCCUCUCCAUUAUGAGUGUAAAUAGUGCAGCCGGUUUACCGGCGGGACGUGGUCAGCUUGGCCGUUCCCGUACUGACUUAUCGAAACGGAACACCAUUGCUUCGGAUCUACGUGUAGUUAUUGAGUUCGUCAAAGCAACGCGAUGCACCACCGGAACGCAAACCUUGGUUCGCUUAGAUUCACUCACGUUUUUACCCGACCCCGGAGUUCGAGUUUUAAAACAAUUGGAAGAAGCGGCCCAAAACGCAUUCACCGAAGUAGAUGCCACAACAGAUCAAGUGAUGAUCCCGGUAUUGUUUAUUGUAUCCGACUUCGAUGUGAUUCAAAUGGAUACACAUGAUCCAAUUGUCGGAUCACAACUGAAAUUCUUUCUCGAUAGUCGAUUCGAUUUGCCUGGAUCCACGGAUCGACCAGAUUGGACCACAGUGUCAGGUGCACCGAGCAGGGCUAUCCCCGUUGGUGAUUCAUUCACAUCGUCCAUGGUGGUUUUGCAAGAUCGGCGUCGAAUAAGACGAACAAUUCGUGCUGUGAUUGAUCGCGGUCAACAAAAGGUGACCACUAUUGGUGAGGAGUUGAAAAAGCGCGGACAGUCCGUUUGUUCAAGCCCGGUGGUGGUUUUAGUUGAUCAAAAUACAGAAGAUCCUCCCAAUGCCAAUCUAACCGUGGGACCUUCUGGUGAUCAUGGCUAUUUGUGGAGCAAUCUCGCACUAGACAAUUAUGUCAUCCCUGAAGAAGUUGAACCAACAGACCAAACAGUGGACGAGACAUCCGAGUUAAAUGAAACCCGGUCGCAACAAAUCAAAGAUCAAACAAAUGUGGACAGAGGGAAUAAACUGGAAAAAGAUCGAUCUCGAAUUAUGCGCCAUCUGAGUACAUCUCAUAGUGCUCAGACGACAGACGGUCGUCCANCCACCAAUAUGGACUGGGCGUCUCGUGACAUUUUCGCCUCGGUUAUCUCUAUAAGUACUCCGUUUGAGGCGGCGGAAGUGCUGGAGACAAAGUAUCUUGAUGAAUUAAAGGCCCCAGUGAUAACGUCUACCGGUGAGAUUGUGGAUGAAGAAAAAAAGAAGCAAUUUCUUCUCGCUAACAUGAUGUUCUUUACAUUUUUGUUAUCCCGACUACUCGUGUUUAUCGCGGAUUCGAUAAUAUUUGCGCAUUUGAGCAACUUUGGCAUCUAUUCCGGUUUUGACCAGGAGGCUGCAGCCGGGUUACUGUCAUUUAUUGGAAUCGCUAAUAUGAUUGGCCGUUUGGCUACCGGAAUAAUUGGACAAUUUUCACCUGGAAUGGAACUGCGAUGUUUGACGGCAUCGUGUUUGCUUAGCUUAGCUGUCUAUAUGGUCAUUAUGCCACUCUAUCCCACCUAUAUCCCAAUGGCGGUGUUUGCAGUCGCUUACGGUGUAUUGGUCAGUCCGAGCUUCGCAUUUGCUCCAACGUUUGCCUACGAUAUAGUCGGCCCAAGCCGAUAUGACGAGGCGAUUGCAUUUAUCUUCCAAUUCGAAGCGCUUGGUUAUCUGGUCGGAGGACCUAUCGGAGGGGCGAUCAAAGAAAUAAAUAACAAUUAUUUUGAAUGCUUCGCUUUUGGCGGAUCCAAUGACUUGCUUGCAGCACUCAUACUGUUUAUUCAAGCAUUCGUGAUGCAUGGAGUCGGGGCCAAAUUUGUCCGGUUGUUACGACACUGUUCGAACACAUCGAUGGUGUAA